AUGAUUUGCCUCCAUCCUGAGGUGCAUGAGCUGUGGUCAAAGGGCUACUGCGCAUUCAAUUAUAUAUACACCAAGACCUCCAAUGGGAACGAAUCAGAGGUGACGUUGCAGUUCCGAUGGAUGCCUCAAACCAAGAAGCGUUUUGGUCAAGAAAUGGACAUCCAUGACACCGGUUCCGGGAGCGACUGGCAACAGUUGAUCGCAGAGCUCAAUGUAUUCCACGAUCAAGGUAGUCCACCGCCGGCACCUUGUGAAGGAGCACUUCGACACCUCACCAAGUCGGGCGAGCCUGUGCUGUCAGGACACCUUAUCCAUAUUCACAUGCCAACAGACGAAACGAAACGCUUCAAGGAAGUCAUAGACAUUCAGUGGGCGUGCAUCCUGUUCACGGCGUUAAGUGGCGCGGCAGGUAGUCCGGAAUUGCUUUCGAUGAAGUCGGAUGAUAAGGCUAGGCAGUGA